AUGAUUGAUCUGUGUAAGCUUGCCUUUCUUUACCAACCUGUGCUGAUGACCAUGCAGGUUUCUGCUGCCUCAGAGAAUCUGCAGAUGGGCAAAUAUCAACAGCUGCAAGAAGAAAAUAAUUUCCUCAAAGAGCAGUUACAGUCCCUGCAAAGCAAAAACGAUUCACUGGCUGAGGAGAAUACAAAGCUGAAGGAAGACCAAAAACAUCUUACUGAGAGUUGCAAGUGUACCAUAGCUAUGACAGAACAGUACAGAAUAUUCCUCACACAAAAAACGGAAAGCGAAAUAAGUGAACAAGCAGAAAAAGUGUCCAACUUUAUACAGGAGCAGAACAGAGCUCGAGCAUAUCAGGACGCUGUUUGGACAUCGACAGUGCAAGCACAACUAUCUAAAAUCUCCCAGCUAUCAAAUAAAUUACAGGAAUGUGAAAGAAAGAUUAAGAGACUGGAGGAUGAAAAUUGUAAGCUUCAUCUAAGAGUUCAUCUGUGUCAAACAUCGUCUGAAACUUUUACUACCAGGAAUAGCUUAAACAACCCUACUGAGAGAAAUUCUCAGAGUUUUCUGGGACCUCGGACGCAUUUUUCAGCAAGAGAAGACUAUGCGGAUUUGAGCCCAAGACUAAGAUCUGCAUUUGAGAAGUUUGAUGACCUGGACUCUGGUGUCCCCGUCACACUCCUGACCCCCCUUUUUGCUUCCCCCGCUCGUCCUCCUGGUGGGAAGAGCCAUGGAUCCCCAACCCCAGCCCACGAAGCAGCUACCGCAGGCCCGCAGGAGGCAACGCAGGAUCCCAGCAGGGUCGGUCCAGACCCUCAACCAGGACGAGAAGGGAUCUCAGGGAGGACCAGUGGACAGCACGCCAGCCCGGCCAUGCUAGAGGGAGGACCGCAGGGAGGACCGCGAGAGAGGAAGCCAGCUCAGCCUCGGAGGACACGCGCAGGUGCCGUUCUCCAUGCAGAUGGUGCUGUUGUGAAUGAAUCCUCACGCUAA